GCACGUGGCUGCGAGCGGUGUCGUCCUGGUGCUGUCAGAGUCGAGUAGUGGUGUCUGUGCAGUGCUGCUGGUUGUGGCCGCGCUAGUGAGUGAACGCCGGCGGUGCAAAGGUCUACUUCUCUGCCAGGCAUCGGUGAGGAAAAGUAGGUGAGGUGUGGUGAAACCAUGCGCGUAGGAGUGCCGGGAAGCGCCUGCAACGACGGCGCAUCGAGGUGAAGACGAGUUGAGUAGUGCCGCAGAACAACACACGUCCGUGGAUUACGCGAGGCUCAGUCUAAAGGUGCUGCUCUGGUUUCGUCCCACGGUCAUCGCGAGAUACGCGUGACGAAAAAAAAAGCUUUUCGGGGAUCACCAAGUGCUCGGACCUCGGUCGUUGUGUCCCAGGAGCCAGUACGGUAGUCCGUGGCCAAGAAGUGCUCUGUGCGCGAUGGGUUGCAAUCUGGGCAAAGGUUCUCAACCAGACGACUCUGACGUGCGUGACAAGUCCAACGCGACGUCGCCUCAGACGCCUCCGCCGGGCAUGCUGGCCGACCGGAUGGCUGACGGCGCCGCUAUGGUCAACAAGGCUUGCAACGACGUACAGCACGUGUACCGAGAAAAAGCUUUGGAGAACCACCAUGAUCACCAAGAUCCCGAGUCAGCGGAGGACGAGCAGCAGCCGAACCACCAGCGGCCGGGGUCCGAGGAGGACGCGCAGGCGGCUGCCGAGGCGGCCACCAAGAUCCAGGCCACCUUCCGCGCCUACAAGGUGCGCAAGGAGGUGCGCCUCGGAGGAAGCAGCGCCGGGGGCAGCGAGGCGAACCUGUCGCAGUCCCACGCCGACCCAGCCAUGAAGGAACCGGAAGAGGAGAACCUGGCCGACAUCGACCUGACCGACCCGAGCCUAAACCAGGCGGCCAGCAAGAUCCAGGCCACGUUCCGGGGCCACCGGGUCCGCAAGAGCCCUUUGCACGAACCCAAGAAUCCCGGGGACAAGGAACAGGAAGGUGAAGCCAAAGACCAGGUGGACGACGCCGACAAGGAACUGCCCGACGAGCUUAAGGACAUGGACCUGAACGACCCUGAUCUGGCGAAGGCAGCUGUCAAGAUACAGGCCACGUUCCGCGGCUACAAGACGCGCGCUAAGCCAGAAUGACCAACGCCAGGUUGAAGACUAUCGUGAAGACUUCGAGGAAGCCUGCCCAUACAUGAAUUAUUUGUGACAUCGCAUGCGACUCUACAAUGUUCGACUUCAUCUAACUCCGAUGCACGCAACAAAGGCAGCGUGGAAGAAGCUGACCCCCCAAAGAAGAAAAAUGUCCGCAAUCCUGCAUGGUCUGCGUGUUACACUGCACUUCCCACUUCCUCCGAGACACGCUUGGUAUUUCAAAUUUCGCCGGUGCUUUGGUGACCCCAGUGAAUUCUAAAUAGUAGUUACACUAAAGCAAAAAUUCCAGCCUGGCGUCAGCUUGCAUGUAAACGCUUAGAAAAACAAACUUCGAGAUAUAUUCAUUGCACAUGGUGACAUUUCCAUGCCACAUUUCUCUACAGUCAGUUGUCUAAGCAUUUUGUAUGAGCAUGCAUUAACCAACCUCUCGUAGGUGCACAUGCACCUGCAAUGUUCGAAGGCUCAAGACCGCAAUCUAACCUGCGUUUCAGAUGUGUAUUUCACACCCGUGCACACUAGAUGAUUUUAAAAUUAUUUUAUGCCAUGUCCUUCCCAUCUUUACAAAUGUGGCUCGUCUCAACACUCCUCUUCGGCUCUGCUGAGUGACGCAGUCACUGUGCUCCAACAAAGCCAUCGUAAUCAGGUACUUCGAGGAUCUCCUGGAAAGCAGCGGAGUGGAGAAGCGUUUCACAAGCAACCCCUCAUCCAAGAAAUUUCUAGAAGUGUCAGUCAAUGGCAUCCGAGAUCUUCAGUGUGCUGGAGCAGAAAAAUGCUUCGCAAGCAAUGCCUAAUACAAGGAUCCUAGGUGCUCGGCACACAAGUCUUGAAGGGUGUCUGCCAAGCCCCAACCCCUAAUUCAAAAUAUCCCAGGGGAGCGUUAGCAUGUGGCAUCCUAGAUCUGCAGCGUAACAAAGAUGCGUUUCCCAGCAACUCCUGGAAAGCAUAGUGCACGACCUCUGGAAUUUUCGGUGCAUGUGCCAGCUGAACAUCUUGGGCGUCAUGGCUAGCGCAGUAACCUCAGUCGAGGGGCAGUGCUGCUUCCAUUCUACGAGGACUAAGGAGGAGCGGGAAGUCGAGGCGCGUUUGUGAAUACGGGUGUCUUUAUUCGCAAUUCAAAUUGAGAGCUCCCAAAAGGCAUGUGCAGCUCUGAAAUUGUCUGAUGCGAAGGCUACGGCAGCAUAUACGGGAUUCACACAAUGUCACAGAUGUGAAAAAUUGUGGAAUGAGCUCCCUGUAAAUGAACCAUACUAUACUCGGCUUUAUAGAUGCUAAAUAUUUGUGUCGACCUUUGCUGCAACUUACUUAGGGGCACCUCCUCUUCAAACCGAAGUCUAUAAUAUACAAGGACGGAACAGUUUGUUUUAAUACAGUCGACAAAUGCGUCGCAUGCAUGUGUUCUCGUAUGCAAAGCAAGAUAAAGCGGCAAUAGUGGCGUGAAGUAAAAUGAGGGCAUUAACUUAAGUAUAAUUUCAGACAGGCAUGCAAUAUGAAAGUCAUAAAGAGCACAGCAAAGAAAUGCAGUAUUAUGCCACUCCUAGCUCAGUAUGUUCUCUAUUCUCAAGCAGUAUCUGUCAGCUAUUUUUGCUACAAAUCAUCACAAUAGUGAUAUAGCUAGCCAAAUCAUCUGGCUUUGUUAUUGUUUUUGCUGAAUUCUUGUCCCUCUGUUACGGGCAGCAUGAGCCGAGUCCAAGAGUUUACGGCACGACCUAAAUGUAAUGGUACACUCCCUGGUUCUGAAAUAUUACCACAGGCACUCUAAGAGGCCAUUCAUAAGACUUCAAGACAGAGCUAUCUGCAAAUAAUCAACAAUAAGGUCACAUGCGGACGCCUCCUGGAUCGUAACCAAAAAAGAGCUAAGGGGUUGGAACAUGCCCUGAAAUAAUUUUUAAUUUUUGUGGCUUCAGGGACACUCGAGUAAGGCUUUAAUAUUAUGGUUACCAAUAAUUAGGACACAUUAUAUUCAUUGUCAUCAUUGUCCCUAAUCUACGCUUUAAAUCCCUUCAAGGGACCCUGAAACACUUUUUGAAGAUAGCUAAAAAAACAUUGCCGAUCUGUUAUAAAGGCUGCUAUGAACCUGUGAGCCAAAUAUUAUUGCACUGCAUGUAGCAGGGAAUUUACAAUCUCAUGCCUAAAACAGCGAAAAAUCGCUUGGUCUCACUUCCCCGUCGCUUAUCAUGCAACAUCAUCGAAAGCAGCUGGCAGACCAACACUAUUGGUUGAUUUUGCAAUUGCGAGAACAUUCUCAGUAACACAUAAUUGAUAAUUCUGAGUUAAAUACAUGAAACAUGUAUAUAUCUGCGAUCUCAAAACGACAGAAAAAUCAUUUCCUUUUCGCACUGCCGGCAGCGUCUGCUGUAUGUGGCCUCCGAGAUGUAAGCCGCGUGAUGCAUAGCACACGGCUUACAUCUUACUGUCUACUGCAGCUACCAAGGAGUGCCAUGAUGAGCCCUUGCAUCGUAUUUUGCUGUAGGGUGCCUGAAUGCUCUCCUCCUGGUCCCCACUCCGUUCACGGAGCGGGGCAGCGGCAGAGAACCCUCUUGGCUUCUUUCCUUGUGUAGCUUCCAGCGUGCAAGUGGAGACAAAAAGAGAGAGAAAGCCACUUAUUGGUGCAAUAACUCCACUAUUACUUAAAGGAUUCAAAAAUUUUUUGUGGCAUGCGAUUGGUGAGAUGACGUCAAGUGAGGCCAUUCUAUGAUUAGUUAGGAAAGUGCUUCAGAGCCCCAGUGAGCAUCCACAGCCAUAAUGAGCAUCAAGCCUACAAAAAAGAAAUUAUGUCCACCGCUCCCAGCAUGCCUUUAACUGUAGCCCCCAAAGACAGAUGACCCCGACUUAUAGGCUGCUCAUUUGCUGUACAUGUUAAAGGGACACUAAAGCAAAACAAUAAAUCAACUUAGACUGACAAAGUAUUCUUCAAAAUUUCUGCUGUCAUUAAUUACACUGCAAUAGGUCAACUAACAGAAGAGAAAAUGAAGCUCAAAGGUAAAUUUUUUAAUUUUGCGCGGAGACCCCGACGUCAGCACUUCAGUGUGACGUCACGACUUCUACAGUUAUUUUUCGUAUCUGGGCCACGUUGGCCUAAGUAAAAGUUCGCGAAACUUGCCAUAUUCAGUCUUGGGCUCCUUUAGAACACAAUGUAGUCAAUCUUUACCGCCAACGAAUCAACUAACACCUAGAAGACGCUGUCAAAUUCCGUGACGUCACGGAUGAGCUGGUGCGGGAACUUAAUGGUGGCGUCGCCACUCGCCUUCUGUGUUUUUCAUUUCUUUCUGGCUUAUCAAGCGGCUUCUCGCGGUAAGAGUGGUGUUUUCGGUAUUCUGGAAGGGUAAUCUACUGAUACAGAAGAAAUCAUUUUUCUCUUUAGUGUCCCUUUAAAGCCACUCAAUU